CCUUGAUGCCCCUCUACACCAGUUGCAGGGGUUCAGGCUUCCAUCCCCUCAGCGACCACCAAACGUUAACGAGUUGACCAACUUGAACUCGUGCGUGCAGUUUACAAACCGUUUGUUGUAACGGAUAACCCUAAACUCUCUGUUCCUUCAAGAAAUCUACCCAAGUCCGGCGAUGUCGAUCGAGAUCGAGAAGAUCCUGGCUGCGGCCCCCGCAACAUCGCGCGGCCAGCCGACGCAGCUCUCCUGCGAUGCGAAAGGAGAGCGCAUAGCUUAUGCGUCUGGCAAGUCCAUCUUCGUCCGCAACAUCGACGACCCCUCCAUCAGCAAGCAAUACACGGGCCAUACGGCCACCACAACCGUCGCCAAGUUCUCGCCCUCUGGUUUCUGGGUCGCAUCAGGCGAUGUCUCGGGCAAGGUGCGCGUGUGGGACGCCGUCGAGGCGGUGAACACCAAGGGCGAGUACGCGAUCAUAUCGGGCCGCAUCACCGACCUCGCCUGGGACGGCGACAGCCAGCGGGUCAUCGCCGUCGGUGACGGUCGCGAGCGCUUCGGUCACUGUUUCACUGCGGACAGCGGGAACAGUGUUGGAGAAGUAAGCGGACACAGCAAGGUUGUCAAUGCGGUUGCGAUUCGCCAACAGAGGCCGCUGAGGGCAGCGACGGUGUCAGACGAUAGCACCAUGUGCUUUUUGCAUGGCGCCCCGUUCAAGUUCGCGAACAAGGCGACAGGGUUGCAUAAGGGGUUCGUCACGGGCGCUGCGUUUAGUCCUGAUGGAAGUAUUCUGGUCACGGUUGGUGCGGACAGGAGGAUUCAACUGUACGAUGGCAAGACGGGCGAGCCGAGCAAGCAAGUGGGUGAGGGGAUCCAUACCGGGAGCAUCUUUGCUGUGAGCUGGGCGAAGGAUUCGAAACGGUUCGUAACAGCAAGCGCGGACCAGACGGUGCGGGUGUGGGAUAUCGAGUCGGGCCAGUGUGUGCAGACCUGGCGGAUUGGGGAGGAAGGGAGUGUUAACGUCGGGGACCAACAAGUUGGCGUGGUGUGGCCACAUGGGAGGAGUGACGGGCUCAUCAUCAGCUUGAGCCUGAGCGGAGACCUCAACUAUCUCACUGAAGGCAACGAGAAGCCCAUCAGGAUCGUGCAGGGGCACAACAAGACUGUGACGGCGCUCGGCGAGUCAUCCGAGCCGACGGGUAAGACACUAAAGACCGGCAGUUUUGACGGAAGGGUCUGCACCUGGGACAUCUCCACGGGGACCGGCGCCGCAGUAGAGGGCCAAGCACACUCCAACCAGGUGACACAGUUUGCCUCCGCCGACGGGCAGACGCACAGCGUAGGAUGGGACGACACCUUGCGCACCAUCCAAGAAUCAACAAACAACUUCCUCGGUACAUCCAUCAAACUCCCCUCCCAACCCAAGGGUGUCGCCGUCUCCAGAGGACGCAUCAUCGUGGCCCUGAAUGACAGCAUUGCCGUCUACGCCAACGACCAACUCGUCAGCCAGUUGCCCACGGACUUCACCCCUGGCGCCGUCGCCGCCCACGACUCAUUCGUCGCCGUUGGCGCGGGGAACAACACAGUCCAAGUGUACAACCUCGACAACUCCGGGAAACUCUCGCUUGCCCACACGCUGAGCAACUCCACCGCCGCGAUCUCGGUGCUCUCCUUCUCCCCCGACGGCGCGCACCUCGCAGCAGGGAAUGCGUCAGGCAAGAUCGUCAUCUACAAAGCAUCUAACAACUGGGAGGUUGCAACAGACCGGUGGUCCGCACACACGGCACGGGUGUUGAGCAUCGCGUGGAACCAGGCUGGCACGCACGCUGUGAGCGGCGGGUUGGACACCAACGUGCAUGUGUGGAGUCUGGCGAAGCCUGGGAGCAGAGUGAAGGCUGCCAACGCACACAAGGAUGGAGUGUACGGCGUCGCAUGGAUCGACGAUGGGUCCCAGAGAGUCGCAAGUACUGGCGGGGAUGCGGCGGUCAAGAUUUGGACGGUUAAGGGCCUACAAUAGGCGGUAGAUGUCGAUCUAGAAGACCACGAUGUCAUGAGUGAAAUGAGGACUAGAAUCAGGA